AUGCGUUCAUUCAGUGCAUUUUGUGUAUUACUGGGCUUAUGCGUGAUACUAUGCCUACAGCAAGUGCGCGCUGAUGAUGGCACCAUGCUUCUGCCCAUUUGGAACCACCCAACAGAUACGGCGAGUGGCACAACCAAUCCUGCUCCUCAAGCCACUGCCUGCGCUCAUCCAGGCCAUAUUGCUCUUACUUAUAACGAAGGACCUAGCGACGUCACCGCCAAAGUGUUGAACGGCCUGAAGGCUGGUCAGGCCAAAGCAAGCUUUUUCGUAAAUGCCACAUGGCUAUACACACAGCAGUAUGCCAUGAUUUUGCAGCGUGCCUACAACGAUGGUCAUUUGAUUGGCAUGACAUACCGUGCUCCGGGCGAUACCACAGAUGGCAUGACAGACGAACAGAUUCGAUCCGACGUGACAAACUCGGCCAAGGUCAUCGAAACCUUGAUUGGUGUUGCACCAAAAUAUAUCCGUUUGCAUUAUACCCAGCCGGAAGAUACUCGCUUGGAGAAUAUUGUCCGUGAUAUGGGCUAUACCUUGGUCUACUACAAUUUGGACACCCAGGAUUACAACUUUAAAAGCAAUCCAAAGGGAAUUGCAGAAUUAUACCAGACCACGUUUGAUAAGCAACUGGAUACUUACGAUUCCAAGGGUUCGUUUAUUUCUGUCCAAUAUGAUAUCCCUGAUACUGGCUCGUGGCAGGCAAUCUAUGAUACCAUUAAUCAGGUUGACACUGCUGGUUACAAGUUGGUGCGAUUGGAUGGCUGCUUGAAUGAUAAGCAACCCUACAAAGAAUCUGCAUCAUCAAAGAAGGCCAUUAGCGAUAAGCACUCGUUCGGCACAUCGGGUUACAAGGAAGGGCAAGUUCACGCAGAAAAGCCUGCCAGUAUGAUGAAUGAUGAUAAUGCUACUAGUGAUAGUGGAGAGGAUGGUUCCACCACUAAGAACGAAAAUACCGGCUCUAUCACAGUGUCGAGCUGGAUCUCUUUAUUCAUCUUUGUGCUGGCCAUUAACGUACUAGCUUAA